UGUAGCUAAUGGUGAGUCAAAUAUUUCAAAUUGGAUUGCCUAUAUAAAGAGUCUAAUAUUGUGGACUCUUUCUCUCACCUUCAAAACCUUCUAUUUCUAUUUCUAGAAGAAUUAUUUUAUCUCAAGCCAAAUAUUAUAAAGAAAGACUUGCUAUAAGUGUAGAAUUGGAGGCUAGCUAUUCAAAAUUUCAAAUCAAUGGCAUACUUCCAAUACAGAAUGAGCGUGAUAUUGUGGGAAAAGCAGCAGAAAAAGGAGAAGAAAAAGAAGGAAGAAGAAGGCGGCAAACAUGGAGGAGAGAGAAAGGAGGAAGACGAUGUUCUAAUUCCUCCUACCAAUUUUUCAAUGGUGGAAGAUGGGCUUUACAGAUCUGGGUUUCCUGAUUCUUCCAAUUUCGGCUUUCUCGAAACCCUAAAUCUCAAGUCUAUCAUAUAUUUGUGCACUGAGCCAUACCCAGAAGAGCCAUACUAAAAAGAUCAUGGAAAAAACCAAGUCUAGCGAAGAAAACGACCAGCUGAUAAGAUCCAAUAAAAAACCAAAAAGAAAGAUCACACACUUGAUCUUUGAGCGUAACAACAGCAAUGACACGAAAAUGGAUGAUGCUGAACCCACGAAAUCAGAUACU